AUGUCUCCCCUUAACUCUACUUCCACCCGAAAGCGCGGUCGGCCCCCCAAGUAUCAGUCUGCAGAAGAGCGACAGGCCGCGAAGAUAACACGACAACGAAAUCAGCGACAAGCCGCCCAAGCGGCUAAACGCAACACCUUCUUUGAUGAAUACUACUCGGCCGGUCCAUCUGCAACUGGUGAACGCCCGAUCGCUCUUGUUCCUGGCAUAGCGGCGUUGUCGGUGACCCAUGAACUGGAAGAGUUGCUCCCGCCGUUAAGCCCUGAUCCAGCUCCUCUUGAGCUCGAAGAUAGCUCUAUCCUAAUUGACGAGCCGCCUCUAGAGCUUAACAGUCUCGAACCUGCCGCUAGUCCUACCCCUAACCUUCCCGAACAGUCCCGACCGACGCACAGUGAGCACCUCGAGGGUGAUCUAUCAAAUUUAGAAACCGGAAGCCCUGCCCCAGCGGCUGCCGAGGAUGGCGAGGAUGUUUGCACGCUGGCACGCGUGCUGGCCGACCAGCUAUAUCAGCAUCACGGCUGUUGUCGGGAGUGCCAUGAGCAGGCCUGCGCGGCGCACCAAGAGACGCAUUCGGUUCAUACCGGGCUGGGGGAGUAUGUGGACCAGAUUAAUAUCGCUGGCGAUUUCCCGGAUGUGCUGGGCUCGGCUACAAUCGCGGCCCGCGAGUCCAAUCUCGCCCAGCAAGUCACCAAGGCACGAAAACAACAGAUCUACUGCGGCAUCGAUCCUCACAAGCCCGAUGAAUCCCCAACGCAUCUCUGCGUGGCAGCCGACCAUCGUCCCGAUCCUUCCUUGGGCGUGACUGUUGAUAUCGAUAGCGUGGGUGGGUUUGUCAGUAGUCUGGCGGUAGCUCGUCGGGGGAUCCGAUGGCAUCCUACGCAGAUGGCGGUGUCCGACCUCCAGUCCAGCCUGCAUAUAGAUCCGGUUUCAGUCCAGUAUUUCGACUCAACCGGGCAGGCCCACCAUGUUCGCCGGCCGGUCCAUCAAGUGCCGCACUAUACCUUUGGUCGUCUAAUUGGAUUCGAAGAUAUCUCUCUGUAUCUGCUCUUUCCCCGACUGUACCGGGAAGAUCAGCAAUCCAGCCGUCUGCUAGACCAGGAUUUCCAGCAAUGGACGGACGAAAUCCUCCUCCCAAUCAUCAAUCGGUGUUAUUCCGGCGACCUGAUCCAGCACUACCCCUCUAGCUUCGACCAUAGCCGGCUGAACGCGACCGCCCGGGGAGUGGAAAUGCGGUCCCAGCGAGUGGAUCCGAUCCCCCGCGAGCAGUUGCUUUCCUACUUUCUUCCUCCCGAGGCGCUUCCCACAAUCUGGGAACAGAUUCUAGAGGCGACCCACCGCCCCGGAUUCCACCAGUUUCAGGAUCUUAAGAUUCUAAUCGAGGGGAAAAACCUAAAGACCCUGACUAAGGCAGACACAUUAGCCGAUCUCAUGGCGGGCUUUCAACAACACUGGCAGAACGCUAUUAAUGAGGACUAUCUCGCUGAGCCGUUCUUCUACGACCUUGGAAAAGAAACCUGCCCAACCACGGCGAGCGAGCGAGAGAGGCCGCCGCAAUCUUUACUCUGGCGGCGUUGUUGCCUGAACGCGUAUAGCCAGUGGAUCCAUAGCAAGCAGCCAGCGGACGCGCCCCAUGCUCUGCAGCACUUCUACCCAAUCAGUAUGCUAGAAGACACCGGCAGCCUGACGUUAGAGACCCGGCGAACAUCACCGCAGCGGCGGGCCGGUCUCUAUUAUAGUCAAUUCUACGCUAGUGUGAAAGAGGUCUUCGCCGCCGGCAAUACAUAUCCAUUUACCAAUACUGCAACGGAGACCUUGGCGCUGGAUCCCCAGCUUCGCAAGACGUGGCAGACCGUUGGCGGUGGUCUUAGCCAUAAUCCGAUCGCGCUCAACCGGGCCUAUCUCACCACAAAGCAACGGUGCCAUGCUGCGUUACAAGGAUCGGUCCCUAAGGUCUUUGGCCUGCGCGAAGAGCACCGGGUCUCUCACGCUUUAUUUUGUCAGAUUCUGCACGAAUUUCAGACCCGGCAACAGUUUACCACCCGAUUUCUGGGUUCUGGAGAUCGGGUCGAGAGUUACUACGCUUUGCCGACCUUGACGCUUCUUCGCUGGUUCCGAUGGAAUAUCAACAAGUUUUGUGUUGGGUUUGAAAUGGUGUACAGCUUAAAUGACCGGCAUUUUGUGACCUGGGAGCAUACCCGGGUCAUGUUAAUGUUCCUCCGCUGCCUUCCAUUCUCCUACUCCGGCGGCCUUUUGGAGCGGGUCUCCGGCUGUUGGCGCGAUGUCUGGUUUCGCCCGGAUCCCACCCAGCCGGACGGUCUUCGGCGGUGCGAGGGGCUGGGCUUCCAGCGGAAUAUGCAGCAAUUUGGGUACGGCUGGUUCCUGGAGAAGAUAGAUUGGGAGAUGAUGGUGUUCCGACAGCCGGCCACGCAAUACAUCCAAUUCAACAACCCGUCGCUCCAAGCCGCGUACCACGCGCGUUAUUCCCAGGUGCGGGAUGUUCGCACGGACUUCAUUCGCAUCAGCCAGAUCCACCAGUGGAUGACCGAGUUUAGCAGUAUUCCUACCUGCCAAGACUAUCUGCAGAAAUAUCUGCGGCAGCUGUGUUUGCGGGCCUUUCGCAAGGAUGUUUUUACGCAGAUCAAACGGCUUCUAAAGCCGGAAUCCAGCCAUUGGAUGCUUCCCUAUCCUCAGAACAAUAGCUUCAUGCGAAAGUCUAAGGAGAGUGGCCAGGUGAUGUGGUGGUCCAGCGUGCAUCGCGGGAUGGAUCUGUACUACCACGAGCUGAAUGUGUUUGACCGCCCCUUUCCGGCGUCCUAUAUCAAGCAUCAUCCGACGACCGGUUGGAGCCCAUCGCAGCCCUCUCUCGCCCAUCUUGACUAUACAAUUGAACCUGAACAGCGCCUUCUGCAUCUAUCAGAUCCCGAGCUCUAUCAGACCCUACGCGACCUACAGAGCCAAUGGACGUCGCCAGAUAGGCCGCCCCAACGACCGGUACACCAAUCUUCGCGAGUAAUUUUUGAGAAUCAGGAGCGGAUCCAGAAUCCAUUUGAUCCGAUCACUGGUCCGGUUGAGACAUGGUCGAUCUCCGCGUGUAGCCGGAAGCUCCAUCCCGCUCUAUAUAAAUAUGAGAUUCUUCACCACCGUCGGCAGUGCGUCCAGCGUCGUCGCCAUCCCUCCUCCUACCCGGACUAUUACUCUGACACUGAGCCCGAGCCUCCGGCCGAAAAUGAUGAGCAAACCUCCGAUGAAGAGGGAAUCGAACCGCAGAAAGCCCGGCUGAUCCAGUAUAUUCAGCAGAUCGAGAAGCGGAUGUACGAACUCAUCUGUCGCGAUCGCGCGCAGUACCCCCAGCAUAGCGAUUAUAUGACUAUCUCAGAAGUGAACCGGCCGGUGGAAUCCUAG